UGCACGGAAAAAAAAAUUUUUUACAAUACUACCAGAAUGUAUAGUAAAUGGGAAUUUGUUCUUGUAACAAAUUUUGCGUUCUCCUAACAUUUUUUUCUGUUCAGCCAACCAUUGGAUUUGAUGCGUUUACAAUUCGUUUGUAACGGGCAAUGUUCAAUUCUAGUAACUUGAAAGCUUGUAAAGGUUAGGAUCUAAAUGUUAUAUCAACAAUACUCAUAGGAUAGUUACAAUAGCAUCGUCGUCUUUACAAUUCCCAUCGUUGUCGCAGCUAUAUAAAAAUACGAUACUACAAGAAUGUGUAGUAAGCGGAAAUUUGUUCUGCUAACUAAUUUAACGUUCUCUUUACUAAUUUUAUUGUACGACCAACUAUUUUGAUGUGGUAGCGAUUUCAAUUCGUUUGUAACGGGCAAUGUUCAAUUCUAGUAACUUGAAAGCUUGUAAGGAAUAGUAUCUAAAUGUUUACACCAACAAUACUCAAAGUAAGUUACAUUAUACUAUUAUACUAUUGUUGAUAUUACAAUACGGAUCGUUGCGUCUGGGAGAGCAGAGGGGCGCGGGAGCCGCGCGGGGCGGUUUCAAACAAUAUGGCGCUGAUGGUGACCAAUCGUACUUACGUCGCCCGCGCAAAAGUAGUGACAGGCAGUUAUUGAUUUACUUAGCAGUGAAAAUAACAAAAGAAAAACUUGUGUCUUACUGAAAAUGGACGAAGACAUCGCGCAAAUAUUGCAUGAGUGGGGUCUGUCAGAAUACUACGAGAUAUUCAAACAAAAUAAGAUCACCCUCAAAACAUUCAACAUCAUAUUGGAUCAGGGAAUGAUACAAGAACUAAUUAAACCAAUUGGAGACAGAGCCACAUUCAUAAGCAACUUAAAUAUUUGGAAACAAAUAUCAAAUGAUGAUGAUGAUGAUUUCUCUCUUAGUCUUAGUCAGGGGAGCAAAUCGGACAUUAAUGUCGAUGUGUUGAGUGAGAAACACAGAAACGUACCACCAAUAAAGGAUAUUACCAACUUCCAAAGCAGUCAAGAUGGAUCCCCUUCUGACAGUAGCGUCAACACAUCAAUUAAUCUACCACCAGUAAAGGACCUUACCAACGAAAUCGAACAGUUGACAAGUGAGGUGUUAUAUUAUAUUACAGUCGCCAACAGAUAUAUCGGAGCGGCCAAGUUGAUCACAAAACAACGUCUUUAUUGUCAAAGCGAUAUAGUGCACGUCCAGAUAUUUAUGGGUACCUUGGCCGCUCCGAUAUAUUUGAUGGCAACUGUACAAUGUAAAACCUUUUUUCUAUAAAUGUGACUCACAAUCAGUUUUGUUGCCUAUUAAUAUAAAAUAAUGAUUGAUUUCA